UUAGUGUCCACGUGCCUCAAGACGUUUUUGAUUUUGAUGCGUCUCGCGCUUGUGAGCCACUACCCGCCCGCUGGCCGCUGCAGGAAGAAACCUUUGUGACAGCUUGUGAUUGGACUGUCGAGCAGUGACACUUGUGAAAGCAGGAAUACGUGUUGUUUCUGUCUACAGUUACAGUUGACUAUGGCUGGCGGACAGGCAGUGAAAGCGUACUUGGAUCUCUUGUCGCAGCCAAGCAGGGCUGUACUAAUAUUCCUUAAACACAACAAAAUACCACACACGGUAGAACUCGUUGCGUUACGAAAAGGGCAGCACAAAACACCUGAGUUCACCAAACUCAACCCCAUGCAAAAAGUGCCAGUGUUGGACGACAAUGGAUUUGUGCUUACUGAGAGUGACGCCAUAUUGAAAUAUCUGGUGACAACCUACAAUGCCCCUGAUCACUGGUACCCCAAACUGCCACAGAAGAGAGCCCGAGUGGAUGAGUACACAGCCUGGCAUCAUGGGAACACACGUUUGCACGCUUCCACAGUUUUCCUGCAAGAGGUUAUAUUUCCAAUGAUGGGACAGCCAACAAAUCCUGCAAAGUUUAAAAAGGCGCUGGCAGACCUGGAUAGCACACUGGACAUACUGGAAAACAUGUUUUUGAAGAGACAGGCCUUCCUGUGCGGUGACGACAUCUCACUGGCUGACCUUUUAGCAGUUUGUGAGCUCAUGCAGCCCAUGUGCAGCGGGAGGGAUGUUCUGAAGGACAGACCUAAACUGCAGAGCUGGAGGAGUCGAGUCCAGUCAGCGCUCUCAGACUCCUUUGAUGAAGCUCACUCUGUUGUCUACCAAAUAAGGCAGAAGUUCACAGCUAAACUGUGAAAAAUCAACUCUAUUCAGAGCGGUUCAUUCUGGAAGAUUAUAUGUCACAAAUUAUUCAUUUAAUAUGAAUAACAUGGAAAGGUGUUGUAAUUUACAUCAUGAGAUUAAGGAUGCUUCUGUCUAACAUGGAUAUGCAAUUUGCUCAGUAUCAUGUUUGAUUAAUUAUAUGGUUUGAAAAGAGGCAUAUAUCCAUAUAAGAGGCAUAAGUUUAGCGAACUUUAUGUGCCCAUAGUCUGUGCCUUUUAUCUACACAAUGGUAAUGUGGUUUGCUAAAUGAAUAAACCUGUGAUGAUUCAA